AUGGAAGAAUUAAUGUAUGAUGAGCCUCCUCGUUUCAGGCAAAUUAACAAUGGCGCCAUUUAUUAUCAUGUCCUAGAUCAUAGGAUGAUAUAUGAUAAUGCAAUAGAUGACUCUGCAAUUUGGGUUAUUGGGGCUGGUAAUACCGAACAAGCUGUAACAGAAGAUCAUAGGAUGAGUCCGACUCAAAACGUUAACGGCAGUGGUUUGUCCAAAGAAGAUAUCGAAAACUGUCUGAAAACGAGGAAUUCGUGUCGUAAAGGAGAGGAUGAGGAGAGUGAUGAAAUUUGUGCGAUUUGCUUGGAUGAUAUGAUCACGUCUUGUGAAAAAGAAAAAGAGGAGACGACGACGAUUGGGAGUCUCGGCUGCGGACAUGAAUAUCAUGUGUGUUGCAUCAAACGAUGGUUGCGUACAAAUAAUUCUUGUCCGCUCUGUAAAGCGGUCGCAUCACGUCGGAUCGAAAAUAUAGAUUAA